AUGCUGUCUUCGCGCCUGCCACGGCACAGGGCAUGCCAAUUGCUCGUGCGAAGCUCCAUCACACCCCAAGCCUCAAUAUCGCGUCCGUCAACACGCGCCUUCCAUGCCUCGGCGCCGCGCAAAGACCCCCUCGUUGAUGCCAUUCUGUAUCUCCCGCACGAGAUGAUGUCACUCAUCCAUACCACGGUCCCAUGGUACGCCGCCUUACCCAUCUCGGCCUUUAUUCUGCGUGCCCUGCUUGUUACUACAGCCGGAACGUAUGCGCGCUCCCUCUACGCACGAUUCAUGGGUCUGCUGCCGCUCCGACAAGCACUUGCCCUUCAAAAACGAGAUGAGAUAUUGCAGCAAAGGACAUUUCGAACUCCUAGAGAGGCUACGUUGGCAACGAAGAAGGAGCUAAAGCAGGUCACAUCGGCAUUGGACAAGAGGUGGAGCACGACUCUAGACGCGCAGAUUUGUUGGACUGUCGGCCAGAUACCCAUCUUCUUCGCCAUGGCUGAGACUACUCGACAGAAAUGUGGCGCCCAGGAUGGACUGCUAGGCAUGGCUAUGGCGUCAAUCAAGGGCGAGGGUACAACAAUGGUCAAUGAAAGUGGUGAGCUCGUGGCGCGCGUCACUCCCUCCUUAUGGUUUGACCCUUCGCUGGCGAACGAGGGGAUGCUGUGGUUUCCAGAUCUUCUUAUCCCGGACCCUACGGGUAUGCUACCCUUCAUUGCGUCAGGCCUCAUGUUUUCCAAUUUCUUCUUCACCAAUAACAGUCCUCCAACAGGUGCAAAGUGGCCCACCAUCAUCAGGAGGACGUUGCUGUUUGCUUCGCUCUGUAUAGGGCCACUUUGCCAGAACCUGCCUGCAGCUCUGAUGCUUUACUGGUGCUCGAGCACCACGUCGGUCAUUUUGUGGAAUGUCUGGCUCGACCGAAUGUACCCUGUACCACGAGGAUACGAGGCAUGUAAAAGACCGCUUUUGAUGCCACCUGCGCCUGCGCCAAAAAGACGAAGAAUCUAG